ACAUAAAUAUUUAGCUGUUGCGAGACUUGUGGGGGUUUUUUUCCCCUGACGGAUGCUCUGUAAAAUGUAUAGCCGAGCUUGGAGGCUUGGGUAUGUACAUAUAGUUCGAGUGCUCGGUUGGAAUAAGAUGAUCAAAGACUGGAAGCUCCGGCGUUUGAUGAAGAAGGUGGCUGGCGAAGGAGGAAAUCCAGAAGAUGGGAGUCUCAAACGGGAACACAGCCCUUCCGGGGGUACAACACAUUUAAACAGGAGUAUUUGAAAUGAUGAAUGAUUGAAGUUGAAGCCGAUUGCAGAUUGGGUUGGAUUCAGCAGAUGUUGCAAAACAUUCCCAGCCAAGCCAAGCUCAACAUCAACUACCACAUACAUCACCACUCUCGAGUGAAGGCCAUGACUUCAAUCAACCUCAACCAACAACAACUACAACCAACUCCUUCCAACAACGAAUCCAGCCCACUGAUCCCUUCAAACUCACCAAGCCCAGCUUCAAACCGUCCAGAGAACAUCCGUGCCAUCUUCUCCGAUCGACUCUGCUAUUACAUCCCUGCCCUCGAUUGGAUCCCUCAAUACUCCCGGGGUGAUCUGUUCAACGAUACGAUCGCCGGACUCACUCUCGCCUCACUGCUAAUCCCUCAGUCGAUUGGCUAUGCAUCCAACCUGGCUGGGAUCCCGUCUAUCAAUGGACUGUUCUCUGCUGCAAUCCCGGCCAUCGUUUAUCCCUUGCUCUGUACCGGUCGGCAUGUCUCUGUUGGACCCGAAGCUGCAUUGAGUUUGCUGGUCGGACAUGUCAUCAAACAAGCCAUAGCACACCGCCAAACUCACUCCGGACUUCAGCCACCAACCGAUGCCGAACUACUACAACUCUCAAUCACCAUCUCUACUCUCUUGACUUUCCAAACCGGUCUGAUUGCCUUCAGCUUUGGCUUCUUCCGACUAGGAUUCUUAGACGCCGUACUCUCUAAAGCCCUCCUCAGAGGCUUCGUCACCGCCAUCGCUGUCGUCAUAGCCAUCGAACAGCUCCCAUCCCUACUCGGACUGGCUGCACUCGAAAAGGAGCAAGCCAUCAACGCCGAAGGAUCGAUCGAGAAACUCAUCUGGACUCUUGCCAACCUCAGACAGAGUCACAAACUGAGCUGUCUCAUCAGUCUCACCGCCUUCCUCCUCCUCCUCUCCAUCCGGACCUUCAAAUCCUCUAAAUUCUGCAGGCGCAAGUUCCCCGGUUUGAAGUAUCUACCCGAGAUCCUCAUCACGGCAGCCAUCGCAAGCUUCGUCACCGAUCUCUGCAACUGGGACCAAAAGGGUGUCGCCGUCCUUGGUUCGAUAUCAAUUAGCGAAGUUCGAAUCGAUUUACCCUGGAGAGGCGUCUCGAAAAAACUUGUCAAAGAUACCCUCGGUACAGCAUUCACACUAUGUAUCUGCGGUCUCGUCGAUUCGAUCGUCGCCGCAAAGGGUGAAGCUGCCAGGUUCCACUACUCCAUCAGUGCCAAUAGGGAACUUGUCGCUCUGGGAGCAGCAAACAUAGCCACAUCCUUUGUGAUGGGAGAUAUGCCUGAGUUGACUUUUGACUUUCCUAUUCUCGUCUUGGUCUCACAUAAGCAUAUGGCUCGAUCACCAAGAGUAGUCGUGAUCUCUUUGGUGGUCUUCAAUUUAUUCGCGGAACUUCCGGAAGACUUUAUGUUUUUUUGGAACUUGGGAGGUUGGACUGAGCUAGCUCUGAUGACCACAACAUUUUUGUUAACCUUGGUAUAUGACAUCAAAACGGGUAUCCCUGAUUUCCGUUGUAAUGCCACUGCGAUGAGAGUCAGAAUCUUAGGUCGUGAUCCAAUCACUCGCACCUGGGAGCCGAUCGAUACCAAGAAGACUGAAAGUGAAGAGGUGGCCAGGGAAAUCGAAGAAGAAAUUCCGGGCGUACUGAUUGUCAAGAUCAGAGAGUCACUUAGUUUUGCUAAUGUAGGUGGUUUGAAAGAAAGAUUGCGGCGAUUGGAAAUGUUUGGUUACAAAAAAAGACAUCCUUCGGCCAAGCGAGAACGAGAGGAUACCAGGAUGAUUGUCUUCCAUCUGGGAGAUGUCGAUAAAAUCGAUGUCUCGGCUCUGCAGAUCUUGAAAGAAAUCCUGCAAGAGUACAUCGAUCGACAUGUGAUCGUUUGGAUUUGUCACAUCAAGCCUAGUCGCUAUGAAGUAUUCAAGAAAGCUGGGAUCGUCAGUGUGGUCGGCGAAGACCGAUUUUUAGCUAAUGUUAAUCAAGUACUUGAAACUGCUCAAAGCAACUCUUUGAUUUCAAUCGGCCAUCAAGAGAUGGAAAUCUUACUCACCGACGAAAACGAUGAAUAUUUGCCUUCUUGAAUAAAUUAGACCUUUCUUUCUUUCUCCUUUGUUUAAUUCUUAUGUUUUUACUCUCAAUCUCACAU